CGCAAGUCUGCUCGACACUGCUGGCGCAAAGCAACCCCUCCUCAAUACCACCUCUCUUGCACGUCUCCUCGAUCCCCCAUAAAGACGUGUCAAUGUCCUCAACAAAUUUUUCCGCCUCCGCGAACGGAUCCCAGGUCGCCCUUCCCUCUCGAUCAGAGGUAUCCUCAACUCCUGAGCUCGACCUCAAGAAGCUCCAGUCCCUCCCUUCAGAACAACAGGAUCUCUACCUGCUAAAUUUCGUAUCCACCCUCACAAAACAUGUUGAAGGACUAGAGCCUGACGAUUGCACGGCACAACAAUUAUAUUUGAAGCGAGAGAUCUUCCAGAUUCUAAAUCUAAGUGCGCCGCCGCCUACACGAGUAAUCAGGAACAAUCUUGGACGAUGCCUGGCGCAUAUACUUGGGACAGGGGACCGGAAACUGCUGUUCGAAACGAUCAAUGACUUAUCAACUAUAAUAAGCAGCAGUAAGGCCAAGUCAGAUGCGGAUUUUAGGACCAAGCAUGCAGCCGUGUACUGCAUUGGUGAUGUGUUUGCUGCAGCUGGGGAUAGUGCGAUUGGGUUGCAUCCGUUGGCCUGUUCAGCCUUGUUGAAGUUGUUGAAAUAUGCACAGAACAACGCGGGUUUGCGAGCGGCUAUCUUCAAGGCUGCGGGGAAGAUUGCCAGAAUGUUGGGCAAGAGUAUGGACGAACCCAUGACCAGAGAUAUUUGGAAACAGGCGAGGAGUUAUGCUGCCAGUGAUAAAUCGGCGUUAGUACAAAUUGCUGCGUGCCAAUGCAUGAAGAUGUUGGCGAAAUAUACGCCUUAUUUCGACUAUCAGAGCGAUUUUGAAAACCUCAAGACGGCGGUAUGGAAAGCUAUCGACUCUGCAAGUCCCCUAGUGAGACAAGCAGCGGGAGAGUGUCUUGCGGAGGUCAUGGUGAAGAACUACUCAGAAACUCCAAUACAGGAUACAGAAGUUCCAUCAAUCAAGAAAUUAAAAAGAUCGAAUACCAAGCGCAAUUCUAUGAUUGCAGGGGGCGACGAUGAUGAGAUCCAAAGACCAGCAAGUCCUGGGCCCAAAAAGAACCAAAUCAUCCAUUUCUCAUUGGCGGAUAUGCUGAGACAGCUAUCAACCUUUUAUGUGAAAUCAUCGACUACGACUCGAGCAAGAGCUGGUGUGGCUGUAUGUUACAGCAGGAUUUUCAAAAGUCUCAGCGAGCGAACCGUUGAAGCGUCGUACAUGAAAAUCGUUGAUCAUCUUACAGUUGAUGUGUUGAGUCACAACAACAUCACCAAUAAUAGAUAUCGGCUUUUGACAACUCGUCGAUUUGUACAAAUUAUCUUGGAAGACGUGAUUGGACACAACAUCCUUGGUGAAGCUGGCCAGAUUGAUGCUGCAAAAGCUUUGAUAAAUGGUGUCUUGAAGAACUAUCCCCAAGUCAUCAAGGAACGAGCAGAACCAUCUAAACACGCACUUAUUGCGGUACUAAGUGCUUUGGCAUCUUUGAUGAAAAUCCUUGGUUCCGCUUCAAACGCCUUUGCCGAUUCGUGUCGAGAUGGAUUGUUGCAAGUUCUCCAGCACCCAAGUUAUACAGUUCAGAUAUACGUCUCCUACUGUCACCGUACAUUUGCUCUUGCUUGUCCACAGCAACUCCUACCUUGCCUUACAAUAUGUAUGAAUAGCGUCAAUCGAGAAUUGAAUCUUCUUCCAACGGGAAGAAACUCGCCCCGUCGUUGUAUUGGGUAUGCGAAUGGUCUUUCGGCUAUGAUUUCUACGGCGCCUUUACAACCUCUUUACGGAUCCGUGGAUGUCAAUAGUCGAGUGCUGUCUCUUGCUACAGGGCUUUUAAAAUCGAGCAGCAAAUCCGAAUUACGUAUUUCGAGUACCCAAAUUCAAGUCGCUUGGAUUUUGAUUGGGGGGCUCAUGUCACUGGGGCCCAACUUUGUCAAAAUCCACCUUUCACAAUUACUGCUUUUAUGGAAGAAUGCUCUCCCCAAGCCGCUUGCCAAGGAUAAUACCUCGCAGCGAAGUUACCUCGAAUCAUCCUUUCUCACACACGUGAGAGAAUGUGCUCUAGGGUCUAUAUUAGCUUUUCUUCAAUUCAACAGCAGGCUGUUGACUGUGGAUGUGUCCAAGCGUAUUGCGGCCAUGCUUCAGAAUACAUCAGCAUUUCUGAAAACCAUGCCGGCAAAGAAAUUUUCUGACGACAUUACACAAAGGCUUACUCCUUCCUUGCAACUGCAUGAUUAUGAUUUGAUGGUGCAGCGUAGGGUACUGCAGUGUUACACCAAAUUGGUUAAUUUGAGUCCCGCUGGUGGAAGUGAGGCACUGCUUCAGUCUAAUCUUCUUACCCUUGCUGUUUCAUUCUUUGCUGAUCCGGAAAACUAUACGCCAAGCUCGUUGAGUUCCUCGAUUGCAAAUUCUGCUAGUACAUUUGACAACAUCUGGGAUGUUGCUGAUAAUAGUGGCUUUGGAGUGACAGGAAUGGUUCGUGGAUUCAAGGUCAAGAAACUUCCAAAUGAGCAUGAAGGGGAUGCUCACGAAGAUUGGGCUGAAGAGAGAGGAUAUGAUGCUGCGAUUUCUAAAGUACUCCUCUCCCCUAUCUGCAGCUCGCUUGAGCACGAUUCCUUAGCUUUAUAUCUUGGCAACCUUGGCAGUCAUGACACACUUCCAGAUCCGACAGCUACAGAAGUUGUCAACAUUGCAAUUCAGCUGUUUGCUAUUGCAUUUCCUCUUACCCCUUCAAAGAUCCAAGAGAGUAUUCUUGAACAAGUCGCGACAUUCAUGUCGGCAGGCUCCCUCCAACGAGAUCCAGGGCGAAAGGCUGCAAUGAAUAUAAACGUCGCGACCGCCAUAUACUCAACAUUGAAGGUAGCUACAAAAGAGACCACAUCCCCGUCUGGAGAUCUCGCAAAUCCGGCAGUGGAGAAGUCGUUGCAGGAAAUCAUACGGCCUUUCGUCAUUCAUCAAGAUCAGUACCUAAGAAGCAUUGGUUACGAGGCUCUUGCGCGACUAUGCAACAGCUCUGGAAACGCAUACACAAACCAAGAGGUCAAGUUCCUCAUUGAUACAAUUGUGGCGAACCGUGAGCCGACUGCUCGGGCCGGCUGCGCAAUGGCUUUGGGGUGUAUUCAUUCUCAGGUUGGGGGUAUGGCGGCCGGAUUCCAUCUCAAAACUAUUGCCGGAGUAUUGAUGUCUCUAUGUCAAGAUCCUCACCCGACCGUUCACUUUUGGGCAUUGGAAGGGCUUACCAGGGUUGCUGAGUCUGCUGGAUUGACUUUCUCGGGGUACGUUUCAGGCACUUUGGGGAUCAUCUCACAAAUGUAUGUUUCGGACACCCACAAUGAGGAUAUCCCCUCACUUCCUACAUCAAAUCUGGAGUUGGAGUUAUCAACAACUGCAGCGAUUACUAGAUGUGUUGACUCCAUGAUCAAUGUACUAGGCCCUGAUCUUCAAGAUAUGACUACUGCCCGCGAACUAAUAUUGUCCCUGAUCGGGCAAUUCCAGGCUGAAGAGUCUACCCUUGUUCUGGCAGGCACUCUGAAGUGUUUGGAUCAUCUCGCAUUGUACGCACCGGGGCAUAUGGUCUUUGCAGACUAUGUUGUACAACUACAAAAGGACUUGAACUCAGUUUACCCAGAAUUGAGAGAUAUCGCGGUUGACGGACUCUACAACUUGAUGAAACGUCAUUCCGAGGACGUGGUGAAAGCGGCUCAAGAAGGAUUUGAAGACCAACUUUGGCUUGCACUUGAUUCUGCGCCCAGCCAUGAAGGUAUCAGAAAUGUAAUCAGAAAUUGGCUACAGCAAUCGUGUCUUACUGACACCACGAGAUGGCUGGUGAGAUGCCAAAAUGUCUUGACGAUGACGAGAUCCAAAGCGGAGGAUACUUUCGCUGCGUCUACGAAAGCUAGCGCGAUGCCUGAUCUCCAAGAUGAGGAAGUAGCUGGUUUUGCUGCCGCUGCCGGAGUGGGUGAAGAGAAAGGAGCUGCUGCUGGAGCUGGCCAGGAACCAUUGAGGUGGCAAGUUCGAACAUUCGCAAUGAGCUGCUUGGGUGACAUUUUUGUACUUGUAAGCAAAGAAGCAUCACCAGAUUCGCAGACGCCGGCAGAAAUGGAUCUGCAAAAGAGAGUCGCCGAUGUUAUUCGAAUGGCGUUCUCGGCUUCCACUUCCAACGUUGUCGAGCUGCGAGUGUGGGGGCUCAAGAUAAUUGAUGCAGUGCUUAAAAUGUUUGGAAAAACACCCGAUCCGGAUUUCUCUGAAGCACCAUUACUAGAGCAGUAUCAAGCACAGAUCAGUUCUGCUCUCACCCCCGCAUUCGCGUCUGAUUCGUCACCGGAGCUUGCCUCGGAAGCAGUCAAUGUCUGCGCAGCUUUCAUCGCCACUGGGAUUGUUACGGAUGUCGAUCGAAUGGGUCGAAUUUUAAAGACCAUAGUCACCGCUCUCGAAAACUUCUCGACAGAAUCUGAGGUGGCUUCUAUUGGGGAUCUCAAAGGUCUUAGCUCCAAUGCGCAAGUCAUGGUAAAGAUGGCUGUCUUCUCUGCUUGGGCUGAACUUCAAGUCGCAAGCACUGAGCAGCUCUAUCUAGUAGAUGUUCUGAAGCCUUAUAUCGGGACACUUACUCCAUUGUGGCUUGCAUCUCUUAGAGAAUUUGCACGUCUCAGAUUCGAGCCAGAUAUUUCAAUGAGCUUAGGCCCUCCGUCCUUGUCCGGCAGUCUUGAUAGCAUCUACUCCGCUCUAAAUCGGGAGACCUUGUUGGGUUUCUACCAAGACUCUUGGUUAAAACUUGUUGACGCUAUUGCAAGUCUUAUCGAACAAGACAGCGAAUUUGUAUUCGAUGCUCUUGAUGGGAAGGACACAGAUGCGCCUUCUACAAACGGUCACUCAAAGAGCAAUGAUAUCAAUUAUCGUGAUGAACCUGUAGCUUUCUUCUUUGUGCUCUUCGGUAUUGCUUUCGAAGCACUCGUCGCCCGGCCUGGUAGCGAUGCGCUAGCCACGAAAGAGCAGACAUUGGAAAUAUUGCAAGCGUUAAAAAAGAUACUGCACCCAAGUGUCUCUGGACAUGCCAUCUAUCGUGAGGCUAUUUUUUCCGAGACCAUGGAUCUACUAGAUCGAUUGGUCCUUACAGAAGGGCUGGACGUUCAAGCAGUCAUCGUACAGAUCGCAGGAGGCCUGUGUAUAUCACAUCCCUCCGCAACCAAGGCCACGGAUCCGGAGAAUGGCGAUUUGUCCGAAGAUAUCGAGCAAUUGUUUGAAUUGACUCGUAUCAUUGUACUAGUACUCGCCGGACUCCUUCCAAAUCUCAUUGAAGCACGACAAUCUGCUCGCCACGCAAUGACUGACGAAGUUGUUGUCCUGGUUCGUGUUUCGUUGAACGCUUUGGUCGAUGCUUCGGAAGUCUUUCCGGCAAUCAUCAAGACUGAUCUGCAUGCCUGUAUAAUUCACAUAUUCGCUACUAUCCUUGGUACAGCAAGCUGUCAAGCUGUUGUUGUAGCUCAAUCUCUUCCAAUACUCAAACGCUUCAUCACCAGCAUUUCUUCUAUUCGGAAGGGCAAAAGAGAAGAGCAGGACACUAAUCUCACUCAAAUUCAAGGAUGUCUCAAACGCUUCUUAUCCAUCUAUCUCAAUGCCCAGAAACGAGAAACAGAAGCCUCUCUGCCUUGUGUUAAGAACACUCUCUUGGCAUCGACAUUGCUUCUCACUAGCGGCAAGAACUACAUGUCAACUAGCGAGCCUCUUGUUGCUCGCUUUCUUGAGGGGGUCAUUGAUUGCCUGAGUGACCGCAUGGUAAGUUUUCCAAGCAACGUCUAAUUUAUCUAGCUAACAUAAUAAACUAGACUGCGAAGGUUGCUUCCAACUGCAUCCGCACCAUGCUCCUCUCGUCACAUAAGACUCCAGCAGAUCAAAGUAUUACUCGUUUCCUUCUUCCUCGCCUCGUCGCAUUCGUAACAGAAACCGGCUCGGAAGAUCCAGAGAAUGCGCGUGCUCUCGUCUCACACGCUUUAACGACUUAUGUAACUACUCUCACCGGCCCUCAGAGAGGUGUUGCGAUGUCUGUCAUUGUGCCGACUCUUCUCUCACGUGCGAAUAGUGAGGGUGAAGGCGUUUAUAAUGAAACCAGUAGUCGUCUUUUGGAGCUAGCUGCUAGUGAUCAGGCGGCAUUUAGAAGUGUCGUUGGUGGAAUGGGUGAUGCGCAGAAGGGGUUCAUGGAGAGUGUUAUUAUGAAGGGCUGUGCUGGUAGGGGACACAAGAAGGUUGAGAGUGGAGAUGAUGAAGGGAAGGAACCUACGAUUGCUUUGAGGAUGAACUUUGGUGGUUGA